UAGUCAUCAUUGUUUUAUUUUUUCUUUAGAUGGACAAAACCAAUUUUGAAAAAGGGCUACAGACAACGACUGGAGCUGUCGGAUAUUUAUCAAAUUCCUUCUGCGGACUCUGCUGACAAUCUUUCUGAAAAACUAGAAAGAGAGUGGGACAGAGAACUGGCAACUUCAAAGAAAAAACCCAAACUUAUUAAUGCUCUUCGACGAUGCUUCUUCUGGAAAUUUAUGUUCUAUGGAAUAUUAUUAUAUUUAGGGGAGGUCACCAAAUCUGUGCAGCCCCUUCUGCUGGGAAGAAUAAUAGCUUCCUAUGAUCCAGACAACUUUUCUGAAAGAUCCAUAGCCUACUACCUAGGCAUUGGCUUGUGCCUUCUCUUCCUUGUGAGAACACUGCUCAUACACCCUUCUAUAUUUGGACUUCAUCACAUAGGGAUGCAAAUAAGAAUAGCUUUGUUUAGCUUGAUUUAUAAGAAGACCUUGAAACUGUCAAGUAAAGUUCUAGAUAAAAUAAGUACUGGACAAUUGGUCAGUCUUCUUUCCAACAAUCUGAACAAAUUUGAUGAGGGUCUUGCUCUGGCUCACUUUGUGUGGAUUGCACCUUUACAAGUGGCACUGCUGAUGGGACUGCUCUGGGAUAUGUUACAAGCUUCUGCAUUUGCUGGACUUGCUUUUCUAAUAGUUAUGGCCUUUUUUCAAGCCUGGCUGGGACAAAUGAUGAUGAAAUACAGGGAUAGGAGGGCAGGAAAGAUCAAUGAGAGGCUUGUAAUCACCUCAGAAAUAAUUGAAAAUAUACAAUCAGUCAAAGCCUAUUGCUGGGAAGAUGCAAUGGAAAAAAUGAUUGAAAGCCUCCGUGAAACUGAACUGAAGCUAACCAGAAAAGCUGCUUACGUGAGAUAUUUCAACAGCUCAGCCUUCUUCUUUUCAGGAUUUUUUGUGGUGUUUUUAGCUGUGGUUCCAUAUGCUGUGACAAAAGGAAUCAUUCUCCGAAAAAUAUUUACCACUAUUUCGUUUUGCAUUGUUCUUCGAAUGACAGUGACCAGGCAGUUUCCUGGGUCUGUGCAGACCUGGUAUGAUUCUAUUGGAGCAAUAAACAAAAUACAGGAUUUCUUGCUAAAAGAAGAGUAUAAGGCCCUGGAGUAUAAUCUAACAACAACUGGGGUUGAGGUGGACAAAGUAACAGCUUUUUGGGAUGAGGGAAUUGGAGAGCUCUUUGUGAAAGCAAAACAGGAAAACAACAACAGCAAAGCUCCUAGCAAUGACAACAAUCUCUUCUUCAGCAAUUUUCCCCUUCAUGCUUCACCUGUUCUUCAGGAUAUAAAUUUUAAGAUCGAGAAAGGAGAGUUAUUAGCUGUUUCUGGAUCUACUGGAUCAGGCAAGACUUCCCUUCUGAUGUUGAUAAUGGGAGAACUGGAGCCUUCUCAGGGUAAAAUUAAACACAGUGGAAGGAUAUCAUUCUCUCCUCAAGUCUCUUGGAUCAUGCCUGGAACAAUCAAAGAAAACAUCAUUUUUGGUGUAUCCUAUGAUGAAUACCGAUACAAGAGUGUCAUCCAAGCCUGCCAACUGGAAGAGGACAUUUUGAAGUUCCCAGACAAAGAUUAUACAGUGCUGGGAGAAGGUGGAAUCAUUCUGAGUGGAGGCCAGCGAGCACGAAUCUCACUAGCAAGAGCAGUGUACAAAGAUGCUGAUUUGUAUCUCAUGGAUUCUCCUUUUGGAUAUUUAGACAUUUUUACAGAAAAAGAAAUAUUUGAGAGUUGUGUGUGCAAGUUGAUGGCCAAUAAAACUAGGAUCUUAGUUACUUCAAAACUGGAACAUUUGAAGAUUGCUGACAAAAUAUUAAUCUUACAUGAGGGGAGCUGCUAUUUCUAUGGAACAUUUUCUGAACUUCAGGGUCAAAGGCCAGACUUCAGCUCAGAGCUGAUGGGAUUUGAUUCUUUUGAUCAAUUCAGUGCAGAGAGAAGGAAUUCAAUUAUAACUGAGACUCUGCGACGAUUUUCCUUUGAAGGAGAAAGCAUGGGAUCAAGGAAUGAAAUAAAGAAGCAAUCUUUUAAACAAACAUCAGAUUUUAAUGACAAAAGGAAGAACUCCAUAAUUAUUAACCCACUUAAUGCAGGCAGGAAGUUAUCGAUAAUGCAGAAGAAUGGGACACAGGUCAACGGACUGGAAGAUGGCCACGUUGACCCAUCAGAAAGGAGGAUCUCACUGGUACCUGACCUGGAACAGGGAGAUGUGGGUCUACCUCGAAGUAACAUGUUAAACUCUGACCAUAUGCUGCAAUCUCGGAGGAGGCAGUCUGUGUUAAGUCUGAUGACAGGCACUUCUGUGAACCAAGGCCCACACGUCUCCAAAAAGGGAAGUACAACAUUUCGGAAAAUGUCUAUGGUGCCUCAGACAAACCUGUCUUCUGAGAUAGAUAUCUACACUAGGCGCUUGUCUCGAGACAGCAUCUUGGACAUAACUGAUGAAAUUAAUGAAGAUGAUUUGAAGGAAUGCUUUACUGAUGAUGCUGAAAGCAUGGGUACUGUUACCACGUGGAAUACUUAUUUCAGAUACAUUACCAUCCACAAAAGCUUGAUUUUUGUACUAAUUUUAUGUGUGAUUAUCUUCUUACUUGAGGUGGCUGCUUCUCUUGUUCUGUUAUUAUUUCUUCAAAAUAGAGCUGCAAAAAUAAAUGAGACACAACCAGAAAAUGCUACCAGUGACAGCCCUCCAGUGAUCAUCACUGACACCAGCUCCUACUACAUGAUUUAUAUUUAUGUGGGAAUUGCAGAUACCCUGCUCGCCAUGGGAAUUUUCAGGGGCUUGCCCCUUGUGCAUACACUGAUAACAGUAUCUAAGACUCUUCAUCAGAAGAUGGUGCAUGCAGUUCUUUAUGCACCUAUGUCAGCAUUCAACUCUUUGAAAGCAGGUGGUAUACUCAACAGAUUCUCUAAAGAUACAGCGAUACUGGAUGAUUUACUUCCACUGACAGUAUUUGAUCUCAUUCAGUUAAUACUGAUUGUGAUUGGCGCUAUAACAGUAGUCUCAAUAUUACAACCCUACAUCUUCCUGGCAUCAGUGCCUGUGAUAGCAGCCUUUAUUGUGUUAAGGGCAUACUUCCUCCACACUUCUCAGCAGCUGAAACAACUGGAAUCUGAAGCUCGGAGUCCAAUAUUCACACAUCUUGUUACAAGCUUAAAAGGACUGUGGACGCUGAGAGCCUUUGGGCGGCAGCCGUAUUUUGAAACCCUAUUUCACAAAGCUCUGAACCUACACACAGCAAACUGGUUCCUCUACCUGUCAACUCUGCGCUGGUUUCAGAUGAGGAUAGAAAUGAUUUUUGUUGUCUUUUUCAGUGCAGUGGCAUUCAUCUCUAUCAUAACCACAGGUGAUGGACCAGGUAGAGUUGGCAUUAUUCUUACUUUAGCCAUGAACAUCAUGGGAACCUUGCAGUGGGCAGUGAACUCAAGCAUAGAUGUGGACAGCUUGAUGCGGUCUGUCAGCCGAAUAUUUAAAUUUAUUGACAUGCCAACAGAGGAGAUGAAAACCAUUAAGCCACAGAAGAAUAACCAGUUUUCAGAUGCCCUUGUAAUUGAAAACAGGCACGUGAAGGAUGAGAAGAACUGGCCAUCUGGGGGACAAAUGACUGUGACGGACCUUACAGCCAGAUACACUGAAGGAGGAACUGCUGUCUUAGAAAACAUUUCCUUUUCAAUCAGUUCAGGGCAGACGGUGGGCCUUUUAGGAAGAACUGGCUCAGGAAAAAGCACUUUACUUUUUGCAUUUUUAAGACUGCUGAAUACAGAAGGGGAUAUCCGGAUUGACGGCAUCUCCUGGAACACAGUCAGCUUGCAGCAAUGGAGAAAGGCCUUCGGAGUGAUUCCUCAGAAAGUCUUCAUAUUUUCUGGAACUUUUCGGAAGAAUUUGGAUCCUUACGGGCAAUGGAACGAUGAGGAAAUAUGGAAAGUCGCAGAGGAGGUUGGGCUGAAGUCUGUGAUUGAGCAGUUCCCAGGCCAGCUGGAUUUCGUUCUCGUGGAUGGAGGCUGUGUCCUCAGCCAUGGGCACAAGCAGUUGAUGUGCCUUGCCCGGUCUGUUCUCAGUAAGGCUAAAAUCCUGCUGCUGGACGAGCCCAGUGCUCACCUGGACCCCAUAACUUCCCAGGUGAUCAGGAAAACACUGAAGCAUGCAUUUGCAGACUGCACUGUGAUCCUCUCCGAGCACAGGCUGGAAGCCAUCCUGGAGUGCCAGCGGUUCCUGGUGAUCGAGGACAACAAGAUGCGGCAGUACGAAUCCAUUCAGAAGCUGCUGAGCGAGAAGAGCUCCCUGCGGCAGGCCAUCAGCCACGCCGACCGCCUCAAGCUGCUUCCCGCGCACCGCCGCAACUCCAGCAAGCGCAAGCCCAGGCCGCAGAUCUGCGCACUGCAGGAGGAGACGGAGGAGGAGGUGCAGGAGACGCGGCUGUGA